AUGGUGGAGAACUUGUCACAGGAGCAGUUGGAGUUGGUGGCAACUGCUGUUGAUAGUCUAGUAGAGUUUCAACUGGCACAAGUAGCAAAAGGUAAAGGGCAAAGCAGUAGAAGUAGUGCAGUGGGGAGGAACGUGUGCAGAUGGCAGAAACCUGCACCUAAUUCAGUGAAAGCUAAUUGGGAUGCGGCAUUAAAAGAAAAGGAAGGGAAGAUGGGAAUGGGAGUAAUAAUCAGGGAUGAGGAGGGUGAGGUCCUAGCUUCACUAUGUGGCUCGAGGAAAUGGGUGUCUAAACCAGAUACAGCAGAGAUGCAGGCACUUUGGAGAGCUUUAAAACUAUGUGCAGAGUUGAACUUUGUAAAUGUAGUGUUUGAAGGGGAUGCCUUUGGUAUUGUCAAAGCAGUGAAUGGAAGGGAGGAGAAUUGGGAAUGGAAUGGACAGAUAAUUGAAGAUAUUAGAGAAAUUUUGAAGAACAGACCCAAUUGGGUAGUACAACAUACAUACAGAGAAUGUAAUAAUGCAGCACACAGUUUAGCGAGAUAUUCUUUGAAUGUAAAUGAUGAGAGUGUCUGGAUAGAAAGUGUACCUGAGGAGAUAGUGAAAACUAUCAUUCAGGAUAAACUUUGUUCUAUUUGA